AUGAGCGUUACCAACGAUGAGGGCGCCAUCGACUUUGUGCUCUAUCGUUAUACACCAUCUAUUCCAGCGGCAGCAGUGUUCGUAGCUAUCUUCUUGUUUUUAGGCAUUGUUUAUACUAUCCGACUCAUUCAGACUCGCACCUACUAUUUUGUCCCUUUCCUCGUGGGUUUACUAUUUGAAUGUGCUGGAUAUAUCGCUCGCAUAUUUUCGCAUUUUGACACCAAGGCCCUUGGGCCAUAUAUCGUUCAAACCAUGCUGAUUCUGGUUGCACCGCCGUUGUUCGCUGCUUCAAUCUACAUGACACUGGGUAGAGUCAUCGUUGCACUUGAUGCCAGAAAAGCUUCAAUUGUGCCAGUUCGCUUUCUCACAAAGAUCUUUGUGGUGGGAGAUGUCAUUUCGUUUUUGCUACAAUGCGGAGGUGGAGGUUACAUGGCUGCCGGAACCCUCUCCGCUAUGACUACGGGUGCAAAUAUUGUCAUCAGUGGCCUUGCAAUCCAGCUUCUGUUCUUCGGACUUUUCGUCAUUGUAUCUGCCGUCUUCCACUGGCGUGUGAGGAUGCAGUCGGAAUACAAACCUGUUUCAUCUCCACAUGGUCAAGGACUACAAAAAUCCUUGGAACCCAUCAUGUGGGCGCUCUAUGUUGCAUGUAUCCUGAUUUUGGUGCGGUCCAUCUUUCGAGUGAUAGAAUUCGCUGAGGGGAAUGAUGGUUUUGUCAUGAAAAACGAAUAUUUUUUGUAUGUUUUUGACGCUUGCCUCAUGGCAUUGGCAGGAAUUACAUUAGCCGUGGUCUACCCCGGCUCAUUCUUGACUAAAGAGGGAAGCAAAAGGGACAGUGAUCUUCAACUCAUGUCAUCGGAGGAGACUUACCACCAAGCAGGGACUUAUCCAAGUGUAUAG